CUCCUUUUUCCUACUCCUCCUUAUUUACGACUAUAUAUCUUUCCCUCCCUUCACUCCUCCUCCUACCACGCCGCCUAGCUGCUGCCUCUUCUUCUCUCUCUCCCCCUCUCUCUCAUCCCUCCACACACAUAAUACAUUCCCCAUCCCUCUUCUCCUCUCAAAACCCGUGAUUCUGUUUCCCCAUCCCUGCAGAGAGAGAGAGAGAGAGAGAGAGAGAACCGAAUAUGAAGAAGCUCAUCCGACGCCUCUCCCGCGUGUCCGACUCCUCCCACUACAGCCUCCUCCGAUCCGACUCACCGGCGCCUCCUUCUCGAUCUUUCCGCCUAGACUCCUUCCGCAUCGGGAACCUCUCCCGUUCCAAAUCCCGAUCCGCCACCGUUCCCCAAGGCCACCUCCCCGUGUACGUCGGGGAAGCCAUGGAACGCUUCGUCGUCAGCGCACAGCUCCUCAACCACCCCAUCUUCGUCAAGCUCCUCAACAAAUCGGCCCAAGAGUACGGGUACGACCAGAAAGGCGUGCUUCACAUACCUUGCCACGUCCUCGUCUUUGAGCGCGUCCUUGAAGCUUUGCGCGUCGGCGAUGGUUCCGUACAAGAUCUUCUCGAUUCCUUAUCCGAUGAGUUUGUUUAAUUUAUUACUAAUUUCAACCGGGCGCUCUGUUUUCUGUUUUUUCUUAAUUGUGUAGUGAGAUUCGGAGUGAGUUAAUUAGAGAACAGUAAUCAGUUUUUACUUGGUCGUUGUAAAUAGGGUCUACUCUGUCAAAGUAAGUGGAGGAGGAGGAGGAGGAGGAGGAGGAAAAUUAUAGUAUAUGGCUUUCUGGAUACUACUACAGUAGUAUGGAGUAUUUUGUUUUCGCGGAAAGCUUCUCUCACUAAAACAGGCCAGGCCAGGCCAGGAUGAAUGAAGAUUUACUUUCACCUUCUUAA